AUGAUACAAACUGGAAGAGAGGGGUCACUGGUGCUCUCAAAAAAUGAUUAUUUGAUUGCGGGUUCAAUCAGCGGUUUUGUUUCCAGAGCUAUUGCGCAACCACUGGAUGUUGUGAAGAUCCGUUUUCAGCUACAAGUGGAACCAAUAAGCGCUUCCGAUUCCAGCAAGUAUCACGGGUUUGCCCAGGCGAUCCGUUGCAUUAACAAGGAGGAAGGUGCCUUCGCAUUUUGGAAAGGCCAUAUCCCAGCUCAGUUACAAGCCGUCACUUUCUCAGCUAUCCAAUUCUUAUCAUUCGAAAUACUUAUCUCUUGUUUCAUCCGGUUUGGUCAGCGGAACGGUAGCCGUGGUGAUCCGCGGUCUACGUUGAACUGUUCGAAAACGUUAGAAGCUUUUACUUGUGGCUGCGUUGCGGGCUCGAUCGCGGCUGGUGUUACUCAACCUCUGGACGUACUACGAACAAGGUUUAUUGCUCAGGGAGAGCCGAAAUUAUACACGUAA